UGUUCGAAAGCUCAAACCCGGAACCCAAGAAAGAACGCCAAAAUACACCAUCAAAAGGAAAUGUGUUUAUUAUUCAAAAGAAAUUAUAGUUACCAUCAUAGUUCAUAGUUCAUGUACAUCAUAGGUAUUAUUCGAAAACAACUCUCGAAAAUGAUGUGUAAAAUCCUCUCGUGACUGUCGGAAUAAAAAAACUGCUGAAUUGAAGAGCUGUCCGUGGUGCUGAAACAGUGAGGACAGCAGUCUACUUCUGCACCAGCACCGUGGAGGGACAGACUCCUUGUCUUCUGACGGUUAAUAUUUGAAGUGUGAAAACCGAACGCUGAUGUGGACAUGGAAGACCACUCUGAGUAUUCCAGAACUCCCGAUGCUGCUGACUCUACUGACUCUGUUCUGGAGUGUAACGGCGUUCCGGAGCGCAAGGCUAUGCUGCGGCUGUCUGAGGCCCACGGGCAGCAGCUUCUGAGCGUGCUCAGGUCAUUCAGAGAGAGGGGCUUACUGUUUGACUUCACCAUCAGAGUUCAGGACCAGAGUUUCCCCUGCCAUCGCUGUGUCUUGGCAGCCAGCAGCGACUUCUUCCGGGCUAUGUUUGAGGUGAACAUGCGUGAGCGUGACGACGGCUCCGUUACCCUCGGCAACCAGUCUCCAGAGGCUGUGAGUUCCUUCCUGGACUUUGCCUACUCAGGAGAGACCACCAUCACCAACGGCAACGUGGACAUGCUCUUCCAACUGGCCUCCUUCCUUCAGGUGUCCACUUUGUCCCGAGCUUGUGGUGACUUCCUGAUCGAAACCUUAGACCUUUCCAACUGUCUAAUGCUACUGGACCUCGCUGAGGGAUAUGGCUCCGCCUCCCUCCUCCAGCGAGCCAAUGAAUUUGUGGUUGAGAAUUUCCUGGAUCUCUCCUUAACUCCAGACUUCCUGGAAAUGCAGGUUGAUGUGCUGGAGCGCUGUCUCCAGGCAGACGCACUGAGCGUGCCCAGUGAGGAGGCUGCGGUGAUGUCACUGCUGAAGUGGAUAGGUCACAACCUAGAGGAGAGGAGGAGCUUGCUACCCAAGCUCCUCCCACUGCUCAGGCUUCAUCAUCUACCCACACACACACUGAAGGCCUUGGCUGAGAGGGAGGAGAUGCUGUGUGGAGAUGAGGUGUGUGGAGGCCUGCUCAGAGAGGCAGGGAGCAGACUGAGGCAGCACUGCGGCCUGCUAACAGACGCCAGGCCUGCCGCCAUGCAGAGCUACAUCUAUGUACACAAGACCGAGGAGAACGGAGAGAUACGCCACGCUUUCUGCUACUGCCUGGAAACCGACCAAUGGAGAGAGCUCCCUCAGGGUCAGGGGGCGGGGUCUAUGAUACCAGACCCUCCAGGAUCUCAGCUCACCAGCUAUGCUGAGAAGCUGUUUGUCACAGGUGGUUGCCGCGGUAACUGUUGCCGGGCGGUGCGUCUCCACAUCGCCGAGCCGUGCCACGACGCCACCGACGACGUGUGGUGUUUCUGCCCCGUCACACGCACCUGCACCCCUGCACCCGCCAUGGGGAAACCCCGUACCAUGCACGCCGCCGUCUCCGCCCUCAACCGCCUCUACGUCAUCGGGGGCAGGGCCAGAGGCUCUCGGGGCGGGGCUCCCAGCCUCCUGGAGGUGGAGUACUACGACCCUCUGAGUCAAACCUGGACGUCUGUCAGCCCUCUGCCCACCGCCCUCUACUACCCGGAAGCCAGUGCCUGUCACAGCCUCAUCUACACCCUGGGAUCCCGGCUGGAGAUCGCAGACUCCUUCAACCCCUCGCUGGACUGCUUCUUCUGCUACGACGCCGAGAGCGACCAGUGGAGCCACCUGGUGGCCGAGUUUGGUCAUUUCUUCCACGCCACACUGGUCAAGGCUGUGGCCGUUAACGACACCCUCCACCUCUGUGAUCUCUCCACCUAUAAGGUCUACAGCUUCUGUCCGGAGACGCGCGUGUGGAAGGGCGUGGGUUCGUUCGAGUGCGCCGGCUUCAACGCGGGCGCCCUGGGCGUAAGAGACCGCAUCUACAUCCUGGGAGGAGACUACUCACCUGACGAGAUCACGGACGAGGUGCAGGUGUAUCACAGUGGGAGGAGCCAGUGGGAGGAAGUGGCGCCCAUGCCCAGAGCGUUGACAGAGUUCCACUGUCAGCUGAUCAGCUUCAACAGACACAGAGACCCUUGGGGGGCUGGAGCCACUUGAUACACACACAUAAACACACACGUAAUACACACUCUCAUACCAACAGUCAUAUACAUUCUCAUACACACUGUGGCAACCCAUAGAGAUUCAGACGGCUGCAACGCACACAAUUCAGGAGACUGAGACAACACAAAUGCUGAAAUGCACUCACAAGCGUCACAAAAACAACCUUUCAAACUGAAAACAAGUCUUCCUCCCUCGCUCACACCUGUGUACUUCACACACACACUUCAGAUACACACUUCAUACACACACCUCACACACACUUCAUACACACCCUUCACAUACACAUGUCAUACACACAGGCAAGCAGGUCUACAGGCAAGCACACACAGACAACACUCGCUUAGGUAUACAGACACGUUAGAUAAUCAAACAGAUCAUCUAGGCUCCUCCCAUGGAGGACCUGUAUGUAUCCAGGUGAUAAAUCUGUCACAGAAGUUCAUUUUUUUCUUUCUUUUUUGCAGAAAUGCAUCUAGUUUUUACCAGCCUUCUCUUGUUUCUGUUGUGCAUCAUUCAUGCAAUAUUCCACGCAGUAUAUAAUGUAUAUAUACUGUAUAUAUACUCAGAAUUCAGGAUAAACUACUGAAUUGUAAUGGUUGGAAGAUUCAGGCAAUGUCAUAUCCUCUGGACUUCUGUCUAUAAAGCACAGCAGACCAGUAUGCACUAAAACUCUUGUUUUAUUAUGAAAUGUGUGUUUUCUUUGUCACUCUACCAGAGUUUUGUAAUAACUUUUGAUCAAGCUUCUAUCAGAAUACAAAAUGUUUUAACAAACAUCCAACAGCAAUACAAA